AUGCACCCUUCCUCUUCUUCCUUUUCCUUUGGCGAAAGGAUUAGUCCUUCUCGCUGUCGCCUCCACCUCCUUUCUAAAAACCGCCCACCUCCUCUGAAGUCAUGCCUCGCCGCGUCGGACCCAGACCGGCACUCUACCCCCUCUAAAGAGCCUCACGUCCGGAAGACAGUACACUUCCCCGACGAUAAGCUCUCCCUUGAGCAGGUUAGGACAAUUCCGGCUCGGCCAGAUCAGACCAAAAAGGCCAUCCUCAAGAGAGGCCUGAUCACGGAGACGAAAUCGUUCAUCAUGUACACUUCGAAUCCACUGGGCACCAACCAGAGGUUCCUUUCCAAGCUUCCUGAAAGCUCUGGGCCUCGGUACAAAAGCCAUCCACAAUGGACGAGCGUUGCACGUGCCCGUUAUCUCGCCACUGUGUAUGCGUCUGAGCCCCGUUCUCCGCGGUCCGCACCUUACUCCGAUGAGUCUGCCUUCAACAUGUCCUCUCUGAAAGAUGCCCUGCCGGACCUGAAUGACACCUUCAACAUGCGCUCGCUCAUGGAGAUUCUGCCUGAGGCUGCCCCCAAGCCACGUGGGUUUGCCUCCGAUAUGUCCUCCACCAUGCGUGCGCUUCCAGACCCCGAUGCCCCCUCUGAAGUAUCAUCUCUUGCGCCUGAACCCAAGGCCAUGGUUGCUCCCUACUCUUGCGAUCUACCCCCAAAGGUUCAUGUACGUGCGGUUCAGACCCACGUCCAGGUUGGCCCCUUCUCGACCACCGGCUUCUUCAACCUUUGUGGGCUCUUCCUUUUGCUGGGGUCUUUCUUCCCAUGCCUUGCACCAGCAACUUAUGCUGCAUUUGCAUUCCUGUUCCUCUAUGGGACGUGCUUCUUUUCAUGCUGA